UUCCCCUCCCAUGUGCUCUGUCUGGCGCUAAAAGUUUUGAGCUUCUCAAAAGUCCAGAGCCACCAUCCUAGGCGCAGGUAGCUGCUGGGCUCCGGGGUCCUCUGGCGUCCGGCCUCGGAGCGUGCUUCCCAGGACGGUGACACGCUCCCCUGAGGUUCGGCGGCCGCACUGUCCUCCCAGGGGCCACAAUGCAGGAGCCGCCGUUGGAACUCACCAUCGAGCCCCCUCUGAGCCAGGAGACAUUUUCGGAAUUGUGGAACCUACUUCCCGAAAACAAUGUUCUGUCUUCCGAGCUGUCCUCAGCGAUGAAUGAGCUGCCGCUCUCGGAAGAUGUCGCAAACUGGCUGGAUGAAGCACCAGAUGAUGCUUCCGGAAUGUCAGCGGUUCCGGCACCAGCAGCCCCUGCGCCAGCCACCCCUGCGCCAGCCAUCUCCUGGCCCCUGUCAUCCUUUGUCCCUUCGCAGAAGACCUACCCGGGCGCCUAUGGUUUCCAUUUAGGGUUCCUGCAGUCGGGGACGGCCAAGUCGGUUACUUGCACGUACUCCCCUCCCCUCAACAAGCUGUUUUGCCAGCUGGCGAAGACCUGCCCCGUGCAGCUGUGGGUCCGAUCGCCGCCCCCACCGGGAACCUGUGUCCGCGCCAUGGCCAUUUAUAAGAAGUCAGAGUUCAUGACAGAGGUCGUGAGGCGCUGUCCCCACCACGAGCGCUGCCCUGACAGUAGCGAUGGUCUGGCGCCUCCCCAGCAUCUCAUCCGAGUGGAAGGAAACUUGCAUGCCAAGUACCUGGACGACAGAAACACUUUCCGACAUAGCGUCGUGGUGCCCUACGAGCCGCCCGAGGUCGGCUCCGACUGUACCACCAUCCACUACAAUUUCAUGUGUAACAGUUCCUGCAUGGGGGGCAUGAACCGGAGGCCCAUCAUCACCAUCAUCACCCUGGAAGACUCCAAUGGGAAGCUGCUGGGACGGAACAGCUUCGAGGUACGAGUUUGUGCCUGUCCUGGGAGAGACCGGCGCACCGAGGAGGAAAAUUUCCGCAAGAAGGGGGAGCCUUGCCCUGAGCCGCCCCCUGGGAGCACUAAGCGAGCGCUGCCCCCCAGCACCAGCUCUACUCCCCCACAAAAGAAGAAGCCACUGGAUGGAGAAUAUUUCACCCUUCAGAUCCGUGGGCGUGAACGCUUCGAGAUGUUCCGAGAGCUGAAUGAGGCCUUGGAGCUGAAGGAUGCCCAGAGUGGAAAGGAGCCAGGCGGAAGCAGGGCCCACUCCAGCCACCUGAAGGCUAAGAAGGGGCAGUCUACCUCCCGCCAUAAAAAGCCAAUGUUGAAGAGAGAGGGGCUCGACUCAGACUGAUGUCCUUCCGCUUCCGGUCCCCCCCCCCCCCCCCCCACUGACACCCUCACCCUUGUCCUCCUUCCCUGGCAUUUUUGGGACUUGGGAGCUUGAACACACAAGCUUGGUCUGUUCCCCUGCUUGGUACAGGUAUGCCUCGGAAACACAAUGAAUUUUUCCACUUACCUUAGCCUAAGGCUCUGCUAACAAAGUUGGCCUACGUAGUUGGUUAGUAGGGGGAGGUGGGACCUUCCAACCGAGUUUUUUAAGAUUUUUUACUAUGAGGAACCGUGAGGGAGGUAGGAGAAUGUUCCUGCCUAUAAAGAGCGUUCUAGAACCAAUCAUACGCUGGGCCGCAAGCCCAGUUCUCUACCAUUUUAACCAGCUAUUGAAUUUGUCCUGAUUUUAUUGUCCAUUUUUAUGAAAUGCUAAUAACCAUACCUACCUCACGGUGUUUGUUGUGAGGGUUAAUGAAAUGAUAGAUGUCUUGCCCCCAAACAGUUUUUUUAUUACACGAUGUCUGAGACUUGGUGCCUUCACGGUGCUGAUUCCCUAACGUCCCUGUUGGUGGAUGGGAUGAUCAAGUUCCUACGACCGGGACAGCUGGUCAGGGGUCCCCUCCUUGCUGGCCCGGCCGAAUCCUGUCUUCCCUCUCGCCGAACCUCACUUCCUAAAAGGAAGUCUGACUCUGUCCUACGCCCGCGAGGGAUCCGAUCCCUGGUGUAGGAUCUGUAUCUGUCAAGGUCUGUUCCCUGCCCCCGACUCCUCAGGAUCAAUUUCUUUUGCACUCUUCGAGGCACAUCUGCGUAUUUCCCCACACCCUUCCCCCCUCCCCUUUUUAUAUCCCCUUUUUAUAUCGGUUUCUUAUUUUACAAUAAAAUUUUGCUAACA